AACAAAAUUUCAAUUCAAAAGAAGAAAAAAAACUGCUCGUGAAUAUAUAGAGAGAGUACUUAAUUAGACAAAAAAAAAUGGAUCAAAAAUUGCCAGUUAUAGCGAAAAAGUUCUGGAAGAUAGUCCGCGUGGCUUAUUUCAUGUUGAGGAAAGGAUUAUCAUCAAAGAGGAAACUAAUGUUCGAUCUCAACUUAUUAAUGAAACGUGGUAAGAUUGCUGGCAAAGCCGCCUUCCAAAAUCUGAUGUUCCAGGGCCAUAAUAAUAAUAAUAAUAAUAUUCAUCAAUCAACUUCGAAAGAGUAUUACGAGUUCAGCUGCAGUAACAGCCCGGCUUUUCACCUCCCCUUCAACAUCAACAAGCGCAUUAGUCAGCCUGAACACGACGACGUUUCAAUGAUGAACGCUGCCGUUUUGAAGGCAUUAGAAAUGCUACAGAGCGAAACAGCAUCACCUGCUUUGCCUGGAUUCGGAAGGACUCCAACGGUGAGGCAAUUAAGGAUCACUGAUUCGCCUUUUCCUUUAAGAGAAGCUGAUGAUAAUGGUGACAUGAUUAGCUACGUUGAUGAGAAAGCUGAUGAAUUCAUUUCUCGAUUCUACAGAGAUUUGAGAAGAGAGGCUGCAUCUGGUUUUGCUUAAUGUU